ACCACGUGUUAGCAAACAUACAGCCUUGUUGAAUUAAAGUUCAUCCCUAAGCUGCCCUCCAUCCAACCUCAAAGAAAGAACUGGCUUAUUUGAUUAACCCCAGCGUAAUUACAGCGUGCGUCCUCUCCACGGUUUGCCAUUUAGUCAGUCAUAUCAUUUGCAAAUUAGGAACGUAUUAAUGUGGCGACUAGACCUAAAUUAUGUGGGGCGAGUUGCGGUGACACUGUUGGAAUAUUUUACAUCUUGUAGGUCUGUUUGGGAUCUAACUUCAGUGCGUAAAAAUAUGUGGAGGGUAAACCCAUAGGCGAAACAUAAAUAAAUGCUCCUAUUACAUUAACAUCUCGUUACAUUUUGUCCUAACAAAGAGGCUUCAUGUGUUUCUGACAGUAGUGUUUGUUGUCAGCUGAGCUUUAAUAGGUAAAACAGUCCCAUUCAGAGGCCGCCGGGCUCGCACGGCCUGCUGUGCCAUAAUGUUCGGCACAAGCCCUCCAAUGACUGUUAAUACUGAGUGUUUUUUUGUCAAUAUUAGCGGGACUACUUAGGGGGGAAGUUUAUAAUUGGACACGUGUUUUCCCCGCUUUUUGUCGUUUGGAGAUCUACUGAUCCUUUUGUAAUUCGUUUUUAAAGCAAUGAACGAUCGACAAGGAGGGGUAGAGGAGUUCUUAAGAGCUCCCUUUCAGCCUUUAGAAUUGGCCUGGGCGACCCACCGAGAAACGUGGAGGCCCUGAAGUAUUUAAUCCAGGAGAUGUGCCCGUGAAGCUGUCACACAGCACACAUCCAGGCAGGUAGGUUGAGAUCAGUUUAUUUAGGAAGCAUCGGGCGCUGUGCUGUCUGACUCUUUGUCCAUCACCUCAGCCCACUCCAUUUUAUCUGUCAGGAAAAAAGAUUGAAUAGUUUUAAAAUAUGGAGGACAUUCUCUUUGACUUAGACCAGGAUGGCAACACGGAUUUUGCCUUUUGGGGACAGAUGGACCAAAAUUUCCAGUUCCAGACGCAGCUGGACACCUUCCUGCUGGACUGUACAGCGGCCACCGGCCAGCUCUCCCCCUGGUCCUCCUUCGGCUGUCAGUCCAUGUUCCCGGACGCACAGCUGACCUUCACCGACCUGGACGUACAGUCUCCGGGGGUGAGCAUCUGCGCUGAAGGCGAGAGCUCCUCCCUGGACGAGCCCCUGGAGGUGAGCAAGCGCAGGGCGCGCAGACUGGUGACCCAUCAGCCGUACAAGGUGCAGCGGCACGCAGCCAACAUCCGGGAGAGGAAGAGGAUGCUGAGCAUCAACUCAGCGUUCGAGGAGCUCCGCUGCCAUGUACCGACGUUUCCCUACGAGAAAAGGCUGUCCAAGAUCGACACUCUGCGCCUGGCCAUAGCCUACAUCGCCCUGCUGAGGGAAAUCCUCAUGUCAGGCUGCGACCCCAAAUCCUAUGUGGACGAGUGCAUGAAGAACGGCUACAAGAAUCAGACCAACGCCAUCUGGAACACAAGUGAUCUGACAGCCCGCCUCUCUUGGAUAAAGUGGGAUUAGCUGAGGAACAGUGGGCACCCAGAGUGAGGAGAUUGUAGCAGGGAGGUAUUACAGGUCUGUUCCUCCCUCUUCUCUCUGUCUGCAUGUCAAAGACAGGCGGCACCACUGAACCCACCGAUCGACAUCUGCAGACUUCUCACCAGGUCACACACCUCAGGCUUUCUCAACCCUAUCGUCUACUUUGUCCUCAGUGGCUUUGAAUAUUCUAAUUUAUUGUUGACCGGUAAUUGAGAGCCAUUGUUUCUGGGGCAGGGGCGGGAAAGAGGGUUGGCAUUGUUGUCCCAAAUGGAUGGCACUUGACACGGAGAGGCACACUGGCAUGAAGCUGAAUGGACUCACUGAGGACUCAUACUUCUGCAUGUAGCGCUGAAGUGUUUUCUGGACUCUUGUUUGUUUGGCUGCGAGUCGACGUGUUAAAAAGAGCCUUGAUCAUGUAAAUGAGACGAUGGGCGUGAGACGCGCGUCGGUGUAAUGUGAUUUAGCAUGUCAGGUGCUGCUUCCAAAGAUGGCAAUGCGUCUGCCUGUGUGCUGUUUGUUUCAUGUGCAACCUCUAUCAUCUUUUAUUUAUUUGUUUAUUUAUAAUGAUUUCUUAUUUAUGACAAAAUAUGCUGUGUAACUGUGCUUGUCUAUUGUUUUGUAGCUCAAAUGAUGUGUUUGCUGUGACUCAGUGUACCUUUAAAGCAACUCAAUGUCAUGUGAACGUGUAGUUUUCCGUAAAUGGAUCACCACAGAAAAUUGCACACAGCACCUUAGAUGAGUAAUUUUAUGUAUGGCAGAAUUACAGGCAAGAUCGUAAAAGGUAACCAGUUGUCAGUUGCCACUUACCUUCAUGUAUUUUGGUAAAAAUAAUUCAUAAAUUACAUUAAUUAACAAAGUGUUGGUUGAGGACUGACAGUUCAUCUCUCUUAGCUAUCCCUCCUUUCUUGAUUUCAAAAUCUAUUAGAUGACUUGAGAGGUUUUCAUCCCCUGUACUGGACUAAGUUUAACCAAUUUCUUGCACCACACUGGCAAUAGAUUUGGUAAACCCUCGUGUUGUCCUUAGGGUCAUUCUGACCCCAAGUAAAAUCUUUAGACAUUGUAUACUUUUAUGUAACAAGGUCUGUUUGGCCCUAAAUUCCAAAAUGAAGGGAAAAAAAAUGGUAAUGGAUUGGAUUGAAGUAAGACUAAUGGUGUAAUGCAAAUUUGAUUGACAUUUUAUAGUAUAUGCUUUUAAUAACAGUCCAACCAGGCGGGGUCAUUUUGACUCCAGAGGGCAGAAGUGCAUGGCAACUGGGGGAACAUUACAAUGGUUAACACAACGAAUCAAGCUUGAUGGCAUGAUCUGAAUCAGCUGAGAAUAUAAAAAGUGUGAUUUUCCCUUUAAAGUAAGGUUUACUACUGUCCUUUAACUGCUGCUGUGUCUAAUGACAUGAAUAUCACCUAUAUCAUUGAUUGUCAACCUUGGUUCAGUGACGUUCCCCCUGUGUAUUAUUUUUUUCAUUCAAGUACCCCGCAACCAAGGCAUUUUUGGCUGACAAAAAGAGACAGACAUAAAAUACAGCACUACGUCAUCAGUUUCUGAUAUUUAAAAUUUUAUAUCAAUGCAAAAAAUGCUAAUUUGUAGUGGUCUUUCUUCAGCUACUUGGAGAAAAAGAACUAAAAACUUGUUGAAAAAUAAAUAAUUUAUUCAACUGUAAAUAAAGAUUUCUACGCAGAAAUAAUCAUAAACGUAAAGUGUCCUCUUACACACGUGGACAAAAUUAUUGGUACCUCUCGGUUAAUGAAAGAAAAACCCACAAUGGUCACAGAAAUUAUUUGAAUCUGACAAAAGUAAAAAAAAAAAUUUCUAUGAAAAUUAACCAGUGAAAAUAAGAAAUUGCCUUUGAACCGCGGUUCAACAUCAUUUUAAAAAAACAAACUCUUUCAUCUAAACUCUUCCAUAAACUGGGUUUAUGGUGAUAAAAUGGAAUGGUCUACUUGAUAUGAAAUUCAGUUUAUAAACUUUCAUUCGUAUUUUGUUGAAGAAUUAUUGAAUAAAUAUAUUUUGUAAAGGA